GGGCGGGGGCGAGCUUGGGUGACGUGAUGCUCACAUGACCGCCCCGGCGCAGAUGUGGGCACCAGAACUGGAGCCCGCCCUCUUCCCCUGCGGUCGGGUCCGGAGCGAUCUGUGAGCUCCUAAUUGUUGCUGCAGGUUCUUUCAGGUCUGCGUGUCUUUUCUCAGCACUUUGCAAGGCUAGAAAAGGAGGAGGAAUCUGUUCAGAAUCCCUGCAGGACAGGAAAAGGAGGGGAAAUCUCAACAUGGAAAAACUCUGCAAUGAAAAUGAAGGAAUGUCUGAGAACCAAGGAGAGAUGGAAUGUAAAGAACAGCCACAGGAUGUGGGAAAGCCAGAAGUAGCUUGUACUUUGGAAGACAAGGAAAAGUUAGAAAACGAGAGAAAGACAGAAGAUGAGGAAAUACUAAAGGAUAAGGAAAAGCCAGAGAGUAUGACAAAGCUAACAGAUGGAAAGCCAGAGAGUGAGGGACAGCCAGUGAGCGAGGGAAAGCCAAAAGAAGAAAAAUCAGAGAGUGAGGAAAAGCCAAAAGAAGAAAAACCAACCAGUGAACCAAGGGCUGCAGGAAAGCGCCCAGCUGGGGACGAUGUACCCAGGAAGGCCAAAAGAAAAACCAACAAGGGGCUGGCUCAGUGCCUCAAGGAAUAUAAGGAGGCCAUACAUGAUAUGCAUUUGAGCAAUGAGGAGAUGAUUAGAGAAUUUGAUGAGAUGGCCAGGGUGGAGGAUGAGGUGAAGAAAACCAGGCAGAAGUUGGGGGGGUUUAUGUGGAUGCAAAAAAGCUUACAGGAUCCCUUCCACCCGAGGGGCCCAAGGGAACUCAGGGGUGGCUGCAGGGCCCCACAAAGGGGCUUUGAAGACAUUCCUUUUGUGUAGUGCCCCUGGCAGGCAUUUGUCAGCCCAUGUGCUUUAACCUUACGCUAAUACUUGCUUUAGCGAUCACUAUUAGUCCUCGAUGUUUCAGUAGUAGAUUUUUGUCCAUUGCAUGGAAAAAUGUUUAUGGAACAUUGUAAAAUUAAAAAGAAAAAGUUUGAUGAACCAUA